AUGCCGGUCCCGCAUCUCCGCCGUGCUUCCCAGGCCAGCAGAUCGUCAAUGGAAGAUUCCCCGCCAAGUGGGGAGGAUGAGCUUGUUGAGCCAGACCAGGGAAAUGUACUUUCGCAUAUCAUUUCUCAGCUGCGGCCCGGUGCCGACCUGAGUCGGGUCGUCUUGCCGACAUUCAUCCUCGAGCCCCGGUCUAUGCUGGAGCGGAUCACCAACUUCAUGGCCCAUCCUGAAACUCUUCUUCCUAUGUCAGAGAUUGAGGACCCGGUCGAGCGCUUUGUCUCCGUGGUCAAAUUUUACCUGAGUGGAUGGCACAUCAAACCACCAGGAGUGAAGAAGCCGCUUAACCCCAUUCUUGGAGAGACCUUCACCUGCUACUGGGACUAUCCCGACGGAACCCGCGCCUACUACAUCUCCGAACAGACCUCCCACCAUCCGCCGAAGUCGAGCUAUUUCUUUGCAGCGCCGGAGCAUAAAAUUCGCAUUGAUGGAACACUCAAGCCCCGCAGCAAGUUUUUGGGCAACUCCGCAGCCAGUAUUAUGGAAGGUAUCGCCAUUUUGCGGCUGAUGAACCACGGGGAUAAAGAAAAGGGUGAAAGAUAUAUUCUGACCCAACCCAAUAUGUAUGCGCGCGGCAUUCUUUUCGGAAAGAUGAAGUAUGAGCUUGGCGAUCACAGCUACGUCCGUUGUCCCGAGAACCACCUCGUGGCCGAUAUCGAGUUCAAGACCAAGGGAUAUUUCUCCGGUACUUAUAACGCAAUUGGGGGAACUAUCAAAAAUGAACAGACUGGGGAGGUGUUAUAUGAACUCUCCGGAUUGUGGAAUGGGGAAAUGGACUUGAAGGAUGUUCAUACCCACAAAAAAGACGUCUUGUUUGAUGCGACACACGCAAAGCAUUCACCUCCUUUGGUCCGACCCAUGGAGGAGCAAGGAGAGCGGGAAUCGCAGCGGUUAUGGCACAAUACGGUUCAAGCGCUUUUGGCCCGGAACCAUGAAGCUGCAACGGACGAAAAGACCAAGAUCGAAGACCGCCAACGAGACGAGGCCGCGAAGCGCGCCGAUGAAGGAGUCGAAUGGCAUCCUCGGCUUUUCCGUCCCGUCCAAGGCGGACCAGGUGGGCCAGAUGAGGGCGAAGAAGACCUCGACUGGAUCAUCAACGCUCAAGUCGACAUGCACGAUCCCCAAGCCGCCACCAAGCAGAUCCUAUCAAUCGUCCCCAUCCUCCAAGACUCCGAGACAAAAUCAGAUGCCACCCAGAGCACCGUGGAACGGAAAGAUACUCAAACAUCAGAAGCGGAGAAGUUUGUAGACGCCCAGGAAACCUCAUAA